CGUCAGAUCAAUAUAAAGGAAAGCCAUCGCACCCGUCCGCCUCCUCCUUUCCCCGCUGCGCUUUAAGUAUUUGUUUAUCCCGGCGAGGUGUGCGAUAGAGCUGUUUGCGUUGAUUAUCAGCACUGUUUCUUUCGUCGGAGAAUCGUAAGCACACGGCGGUUCAUAGCUGCAGAGCGAAGAAGCGAGGAGAAAGCAGCAAUGUCGGGAGUCACUAAUCAGGAGGAAGACAAGAAGCCAGCAGACGGGGCAGCUCACAUCAAUCUCAAGGUCAAGGGCCAGGGGAAUGAAGUCUUCUUCAGGAUCAAGAGAAGCACUCAAUUGAAGAAGCUUAUGGGUGCGUAUUGUGAUCGUCAGUCGGUUGACCUCAACUCCAUCGCAUUCUUGUUUGAUGGCCGCAGGCUUCGAGCUGAGCAGACUCCAGAUGAGGUCUCUGUCUUUCCUCCUUUAUAUUCUGCUCUGUUUUUAUUCUGGCAAUAUGCUUGAAACAUGUCUGCUCUGUGAGCACGUAGUUCAAGUUUGAAUUUGUCUUGAGUUUUUGCUGAGCCAUCAGUAUAUAGUACUGAUCUGAGCUUUCUGUCUUGCAGCUAGAGAUGGAGGACGGAGACGAGAUUGAUGCAAUGCUCCACCAGACCGGGGGUGCAGCAAGUGCCUAGAAAGAUAUCUGCUUUUACUGUGGUAGAUGUAAGAUAUUAGUUAUUCUGUGAAUUACUGGUCUCUGAGAAGUAGUCUGCUUUUCGAGUAGGGAGCGAUCUCUGAUAUACCGUCUAUCUUUAGUAGUUUGAUACUAUGCUAGAGGCUAUCUUCGUGAGUAGAUUGUUAUUAUGAUGCUAUCCUCAAUCCCCACGGAGGCUAGGUAUGUAUGGAUCUAUCUAUGGGAAAUAUUGUUGAGACCCUAAAUAGCUUUCAUCUGGGUAUUAUUCAUUCGCCUGUGCGCCACAUUCAUCGUUGAUUGUUCUUAGGGUCGUUUGACGAGGAAUCUGAUAAAUUUGCGAGGCAGUUGCGCCCAAAUCCUUGCUUACAAAAUCACAUAUCUGUCAUGUGGGAUUUGACUUUUGAGCUAAAUACAGU